AGGAACAGCAGUGAAAGGCGUUGGCUGCCAGUAUGCUUCAGUGUCUGUUUAAAGAGCUCAUUGCAGUGAUUUGAGACUCUUAGCGGAGACCGCAGAGCAAGGUGGAAAUCCUGCUCGCACCCCUCCACCCCCCUCCCCAAGUCCCAGCCAAUCAAAUGCACCCGGACAGUAAACUGACCAAUCAUGGCAAGCAAGUGAACAGCAGCGCCCAAUCGCAGCACCAGAAUGUAAGCCAGGGGCCUGCUGGCAGCCUGGGGUCAAAGGGUGCGGGGGCGGGGAAUCAUGGAAGCGGCGGAGGAGGCAAAGCCAAUCAGAUCUCUCCGGGGAACUCGGGGCUCAAGAGCCAGGCAGGGGGGGGCGUGGGGCCCCUGAAGGGGAAGAGGGAGCGCAGCGUCUCCAUCGACUCUGGGGAGAAGAGAGAGGCCCUGACCCCCAGCCUCGAACCCGACUCCAAAGCAGAGGGCGUGAUGCGCAGUAAGCGCCGCUGCGUUCUGGAGAAGAAGCAGCCCUACAGCGGCGACGAGUGGUGCUCGGGAGCGGAGAGCGAGGAGGAGGAGGACAAGCCAAUCGCAGCCGCCCCCGGCCCUGCCAAGCACCGAGGGGACCACUCGAGGGCAGGCCCCCCCCAGCCACCCCCUGGUUCGAACCCACUCUCCUCUCUGUGCGAAUCUGCUUCCUUGGCGGUGCCAAUGGGCAUGGGAGCGGGGCUUCGCCCUGAGCUGGGCUCCGGCCCCAAGCCCCUGGUCUACGUCUUCACCACCAACCUCGCCAACAGUGCUGCCGAGGCAGUGAUGCAGGGCCGGGCGGAUUCCAUCGUGGCGUUUCACCAGCAAACCGUCCCGCGCACCAAACUGGACAAGUGCCCCCAGCCUCCCUCCAAGCUCCCUGGCCUUCCUGAUCAGCUCCACGCUGCCACCCCUCCAGGCGGGACCCCCAAAUCGCAGAGUGGUACCCCCAGACCUUCCUCGAGUGGGCAGCUGAACCCAGCCGGCACCCCCUCUUCCGUGGGACCCCCAGACGGAGCGACAGAUGAGCCCCCGGACGCCCUGACUCUGCCCUCGUCUUCGGGGGGCAGCAAGAACAGCAGCAGCACUAACAAUCACAGCAACAACAGCCUCCCCCAGUCCGGGGGCAGUGCGACCAACAGCAGCUCCUCGAAACCGCUUCCAGGACUGGUAGAGCCUCCCAGCGUCCCGCCCACCCCUCCUCCCCCUGCCCCUGCCCAGCAAGGAGACUCGGACCCUGGGAACGUGCCGACCCAGAGGGGCGGGAACACGGAGGGUCUCUCCAAGCAGCAGCUGGAGCACAGGGAGCGCUCCUUGCAGACCCUGAGAGACAUUGAGCGCUUGCUGCUCCGCAGCGGCGGAGGGGGUGGCGUAGUCGGUCCGGGAGGAGAUCCUAGUAAUAAUAACAACAACGGGAGCUUGGGGGCGAACUGCAGUAAUAACGGACCCAGCAGCAGCCCCCAAGCACCCCCCCCUCCUCCUCCUCCUCCUCCUCCCCUGGGAGGAAACCCCAACCAGCAGCAGCAAGUUAAGAAAUACGAAGAGCCUCUGCAGUCGAUUAUCUCCCAGACGCAAAGCCUGGUCGGCGGGCUGGAUGAGCCCGCCAUGUCCCAAGGUGGUUGUGGCGGCCCUCCUCCUCCUCCUCCACAUCUCCAGCACCCCCACCCUCCACACUCCCACAUGCACCCCUCCCACCACGGUCUGCCCCCCCACUCCUCCCCGUCCUCCCUGGACAUGUGCCUGCUGAUGAACCAGCAGGACGGGCUGACCCCCGAGCAGAUGGCCUGGCGCAAGCUGCAGGAGGAGUACUACCAGGAGAAGCGCAGGAAGCAGGAUCAGAUUGGGCUGCACCCCCACCAGCACCCCAGGAUGAUGGGAGACGGGGGCCCCGAAAUGGGCAUGGCUGGGAUGAUUAGGGGCCCUCCACCUCCUUAUCACAGCAAAGCCGGGGAGCCGCUGCCACCCCAACCACAGCAGUGGCUCCCCGGAAUGGCAGGGGGUGGGGGGAACGGAGGCAGAAUGCUAGAGAUGCACCUUGAGGGAGGGGGUCCAAGAGGGCCUCGCUUCCACCCUGGCAUGCAGAGGCUGGGGCCCGGACCUGGGGGCGGGGGGUACCCUGGAGGGGGCAACCCUGGAGGAAUGAUGGGCCUGGAUCCCAUGGGCCCCAUGAACCCCAUGCAGAGGCCUCCGGGCCGGCCCGGUAUGGGUUGGCUGGAGGACAUGCCCCCGAUGGGGGGAGGAGGAGGUGGCGGUGGCCCUCCAGUUGGUUUUGGGGGGUAUCCGCCCCUGCAGCACCUCCAAGGGGACCCCGAAAGAAUGCUGAACCCCAGGGCUAGGGAGGAGAUGUUCCGCAUGAUGGAGAAGAGGCAGAUACAAGGAAUGCAGCGGCAGGCUGCCAUGAACCAGGCGAUGGAGAUGGAGAGGAUGCAGCAGCAGCAGCAGCAGGGGGGAGGCAACGGGCCUAGGAUGAUGGAGCAAGCUGGGGGUCCAGGAGGGGGGUUUGCUAACUCUGUGGGGGACCCCAUGGAUUUUCCAGGGUCCCGGGCCAUGAUGGGGUCUCCGAUGGGGGGUAUGGGGUGCGGAGGGGGUCACCAGCAGCCCCCCAUGAGAGAACUGGUUGAGCAUCAAAUGGGGAACCUGAACAUGAACAUGAACGUGAACAUGAACAUGAACCUCAAUCUGCAGAUGACCCCUCAGCAGCAGCAGCAGAUGCUCAUGAGCCAGAAAAUGAGGCUAGCGGGGGGUCCCCUCAACGAGCUUCUGCACCAGGAGGAGAUGGCCCGAUCCCGUGCACAGAACGGAGGGGGGAUGGCCGGGAACAAGAUGAUGAUGCCGGGCGGCGGACCCUUCCCCAGUCAAGCACCCUUCCCUGGGGGGCCGGGAGGCUACCUGCCCCAGGAUAUGGGCAACCCCCAAACCCCGCAAGAAAUGUUCAGCCCCGACCAGCAAGGGCCGCCCAUGGGGGGCACCUCCAGACUGAGUCACAUGCCCCGCAGUGGUGGGGGGGUCCUAGGGGGGCGCAGACCCUCUGACCUCACCAUCAACGUUCACCCCAUGAACUCCCCAGGCAUGCCUCCCCACCACCUGAAAUCCCCCACCGUCAACCAGGUGCACUCCCCCAUGCUUCUCUCCCCCUCGCCGGCCGGCCUCAAGUCUCCCCAGCUGUCCUCGCUAGGGGGACCCCCCAAUCCUGGGCCCCCGCCCUCCUCUUCCUCUUCCAUGAAAUCAUCCCCGCAGGUGCUCGGACCCUCCUCUUUGGGGGUGCGUUCUCCGACAGGGGGGUCCCCCAGUCGGCUGAAGUCUCCCUCGGUGCCCAUCCCCUCCCCUGGUGCUUGGGCCCCCUCCCCAAAGACUGCGCUACCCAGCCCGGGGGUGCCUCAGGGGGGUAAGGGCGGGAACGCCAUGGACUCAGGCCCCCACCCCCCACGAAGCAACACCUCUGGAGGCAUCAAUCCCAGCAUGCCCUUCACCUCCUCCCCGGGCGGCGCUCCUUCCCAGAACCCCCUGUCCCUCAUCAUGUCCCAGAUGUCGAAGUACGCCAUGCCCAGCUCCACGCCCCUCUACCAUGACGCCAUCAAGACCAUCGCCACCUCGGACGACGAGCUCCUGCCAGACCGCCCCCUGCUGCCCGGAGGGAACAUGGCAGGUGUCGGGGGUAACCACCAGCCCCCUCCGAUGCACAGCCCCAUGGGAAUGGUCCUGCCCGGGCAGCAGCCCGGCCUAUCCCACGAUCCCUCUGGUCCAAUGCUACACUCCCCCACCCCCAUGAACAUGCCCAGCAUGCACAGCGGCGGGGGGAACCCCAUGCUCAUGACGGGGGGCCCUCAGGAUCACAUGGGCCCUCGGAACGGCUCCCCCAUGCUGCCCCAAAACCAGAUGGGUGGGGGUGUAGCCGGAGGAGGGUUUCCCAGACUGCAACCCCCUCCCCACGGACCCAUGCACUCCCCUGGCCCUGGGAUGGGAAUGGGAGGAGGGCUGCCUCAAGCCUACCCCCCCGGCAUGACUCUGCCUCCUCCGGAGGAGGUCAUGGUGCCUCACCCAGGACAGAUGCACCUCCUGAAGGGCUUGUCCCACCAGCAGCAGCAGCAGCAGCAGCAGCACAGGCCCCCCUCUGCCUCCUAUCUGGGGGACGCAGACCUGAGCGAUGUGAUCCGCGCCACACCAACGGGCAUCCCCGAGUUCGACCUCUCUCGGAUCAUCCCGUCGGAGAAGCCCAGCAGCACCCUGCAGUACUUUCCCAAGAGCAGCGAGUCCCUGCAGCAGCAGCCACAUCACAAGCAGCAGCAGCCCCCGUCCUCCUCCUCCUCCAACCCCCAUCUCAUCAACCUGCAGAACAUGAUGGCAGAGCAGCAGCUGCCUGUCCCGCCCCCUUCCGGCCGCCCCCCCAUGGGGGGUCCCAGACCCAUGGGCGGGAUGGGGGGCAUGCCGAUGUGCCACCCGGGCCAUAUGAUGAGCAGGACAGGCAUGCCCCCUCCCCAGCAGGGCAUGAUGGUUAACAACAUGCACCCCCACCCGGGCGUCAUGUCUCCCUCCCAGCACAGCCUCAUGGCCCAGCAGAACCUCAUGAUGAUGCAGGCCAAGCAGCAGCGCAGCAUGUCUGUCUCGGGAGACAUGUACGGCCAGCAGGGGCAUUUAAUGUCCCCCCAGGGGGCUCUGAUGGGCCCUCCGAACCUGCAGCAAGGCAUGAUGGUCCCGGCACAGAUGAGACAGCGGAGUAUAUCUCUGGAUGGACCGAUGGGAUACGGACCGGGCAGUAUGGCAAACCUGCCCUUUUAACAAAAAAAAAAAAAAUAAUGCAUCAAAAAAAAGGACAAAUGUUUAAAAAAAAAAAAAAAAAAAAAAAAAUUGUUUUUUUUUUUUUUUUUUUUUUUUUUUUUUUUCUGGUGGUCAAUCCUGAUCGUCAUUGAUGGCAUUUUAAUUUUUCCAAAAAAUAAAAAUGUAAAAAAAUAAUGAGAACGCCUUUUUAAAACCAGGAUUUUAAAGACUGGGGAGGGGGGCUUGUACGGUUUUAAAACAUAAAAAUAAAGCCAUUUCUUUAACAGUUAAGCGAGGGGCAGGGAGGCAGAACUGCUCCUAGUUCUUGUUUGUUUUUAUUAUUCUUGGUUUUUUUUGGCUACCACACUGUUGUGCAAGGGAUUAGAAAAGAAAAAAGGUGCUGUAAAUAACAUGCUGCAGUUUGUGAUCGUUUUCAACUGUUCUGUAUUCCUGUGUUUUAAUAGAAGCCUAAAAGAAACUGUGUCAAAAAUC